AGAAAUCUGUGCUACUAUAUCACCCAGAGUCACAAAGCAUUAACGAAAUAUCGCCGUCAGUUAUCUGUUAACCAUGGACACAGUAUCGGCGAGCGAAGGCACUGGGAAGAUGGCGAUUGAGGCAAAGGACGAGAAAAGUGAAACGGCAGAACAUGGCGCGCGCUCGGUGUCGACAACCGGUGCUGCUGACAAUGCAGACGAGAAGGCGACGGGUACGACAACACAGGAGCUCGAUCCGGGUCAAGUGAACGCAGGCGGCGAAGCGACCUUUGCAACUGGCGGUACAGCAGUAGGAAAGGCCCCACUGUCAAAACCAGGUGUAGAGCCCAGGGCGCAGACAGUACCGUCUGAAGAGACAGUAACAGGUACUGCUAUCGUUCCACAGAAGCAGCCAGUUCCUGGCGAAUCCGAGGAGAUACCGGUAGCUCCGACUGCGAAGGCACCACCAGCAGCGACUGCCGUGUCCGACCUCCGGAGGGACAAGUUGGGACAGUGGGCGACAGGCGAUGGGGGAACAGCUGCCUGCCCUUCGCUCACCAGGGGCGUGGAUCACCUGCGCAGCCCUCAACUCAACAAGGGUAUGGCAUUUUCAUUGAUGGAAAGGCAACUGCUAGGAAUCCAUGGUCUGCUGCCUCCACGCAUCAAAACCCAUGGUGAGCAAAUGGCUCUGUGCAUGCUUAAUGUGGAGCAGUGCACUGAUGACCUGAGCAAGUACAGGUACUUAAUGGGACUUCAGGACAGCAAUGAGAAGCUUUUCUAUCAUUUAUUAUCUGAGAAUGUGCAGUCCCUAUUGCCUAUAGUCUAUACACCAACUGUUGGACUAGCUUGUCAGAAUUUUGGUCUAAUUUAUAUGAGACCACGAGGACUGUUUAUAACAAUUCAUGACAAAGGUCAUGUGUAUGAAAUACUCAAAAACUGGCCUGAGUCAUCUGUUAGAGCCAUAGUAGUUACAGAUGGAGAAAGGAUCUUAGGUCUUGGUGAUCUUGGUGCUUAUGGUAUGGGAAUCCCUGUUGGCAAAUUGGCUCUUUACACAGCCUUAGCGGGCAUUAAACCCUAUCAGUGCUUGCCUGUAACGCUGGAUGUUGGCACCAAUACACAGAAACUGCUUGAUGACCCUCUCUACAUUGGACUAAGGCAAAAGCGAGUAAGAGGAGACCAGUAUUCUGACUUUGUUGAAGAAUUUAUGCAAGCAGUGGUAAAGAGAUAUGGUCAAAAUACUCUUAUACAGUUUGAAGAUUUUGGAAACUACAAUGCAUUUCAUUUGCUUGAAAAAUACAGACAAAGUUAUUGCACAUUCAAUGAUGACAUACAAGGAACAGCCUCAGUCGUUGUGGCUGGAUUACUUGCCUCUUUCCGUAUCACAAAGACACGCCUGUCUGACAACAUAAUACUGUUUCAGGGUGCUGGACAGGCUUCACUUGGUAUUGCUGGACUUUGUGUAAGGGCAAUGCAGGAAGAGGGAACCUCCCUGCAAGAUGCAAGAGACAAGAUCUGGAUGGUAGACUCAAAAGGACUGAUUGUCAAAGAUAGGCCUUCAGGUGGCAUUACAGCUCAAAAGUCAGUAUAUGCAAAAACCCAUGAGCCUAUCAAAGAUCUUGAGGAAAUAGUUGAAACAGUGAAACCAACAGUCAUCAUAGGUGCUGCAGCUGUUAGAGGAGCUUUUACACCAAAGCUGUUAAAAACUGUAGCAAAAUUCACAGAGCAUCCUAUUGUGUUUGCAUUGAGCAAUCCUACAGAAAAGGCAGAAUGUACAGCUGAGGAUGCAUAUGUUAACACAGAUGGAAAAGCCAUUUUUGCUAGUGGAUCUCCUUUUGCUCCAGUAACAUAUAAAGGGAAGACAUUUUACCCUGGUCAGGGUAACAACUCUUAUAUCUUCCCAGGAAUUGCACUUGGUGUAAUUACUGCUGGUAUACGCAUCAUCAGUGAGGAUGUGUUCACUGUUGCAGCAAAGGCACUGGCCAACUUUGUCAAUGAUUCUGAUUUAGAGAGAGGUAGCCUUUAUCCACCCUUGCAUAGCAUCCGUGAGUGUUCAUUUAGAAUUGCUGUGGAAGUUGCAAAGUUUGGAUACAAAACAGGAGUUGCAUCAACUUUUCCACAGCCUGAAAACUUGGAGAACUUCAUCAAAGCACAGAUCUAUGAUUUCAAUUAUACAUCUUCAAUACCAACUACAUAUGCAUGGCCAAAAACUGAAAUAAUGAAUGGUCAAUAACAUAAUUAGAGUGUUUCAAAUAUAUUCAAAUCUUUAAAACACACCUGUAAUGAAACUGUAUUGAAUCCACUAUUAUGGACAGAUAGCAUGUGAUGGAUAGAAAAGGGCUGAAAUAAAGAGAGCAGAUAAUUCCUCUGUUUAUGAUUUUAGCACUUUUUCUCCAUUUUCAGUAUUUUAUAGGAAAUAGAAACAGAUUACUGGUAUACAUUUUUCAGUAUUAACAAAGUAAUUAAACAGAGUGUUCUUGGUGAAACUGUCUCUGUUAAAAACAACAGUCUGUAAUGAUGAUGAUAUUGAUAAGAUGUUAAUCUCUAAACUACCUUCAUUCCUUUUCAUACAGAAACCCCAUCAUUUAAAUGUGUUAUGUACCUGAUCAGAGUCAGAGCAAGGAAUAAUAAUAAUAAUAAUAAUAGUAACAGUAAUAGUAAUAAUAGAAAGUUUUCAGCCUAAAAUUGCACCACCCAGUUUCCAACAUGGUGCAUGGGAAUUUUAUCCACUUGAUUUCUGUCUUUAAAUAUCAGCUUUUAGUAGUUUUGAGGACAGAAUUCCCAUGCUUUGAAUUUUCAUCAGCUUCACUUCCUCCAAAUUGCUGUGGAUAACUGAAAUAUUGAUCAUCACUACUGAACACUCUGAAUUCAAAUAAACAAAUAUAUCCACUGUCAAACAACUAAGAAAAAGUAAUGAAAAAUAGUAAAAGUAGUUCUGUCAUGGAAUGAAGAGUAAGUUUUAUGUCUUACAGUUAUAUCUAUUUCUUAUCACAAUGUUAUUAUACUCAUUAAUAAUUCUCUAUAAAGUGUGAAUGAAUAUAUAAAUAAAUUGUAUCAUAUUUCAUGCAAAUUAGAAAUAAUGCAAUGAACAGAAGAAAAAGAAACAGAACCGUUCUUUAUUUUCUCAGAGCUGCAACAACACUAUUCUGCAGUACAAAGACAGGAAAUAACACAAAACGACUUGCAUGAAAAAUUACACAACUCUUCUAUGAUUUUAUUUUUAAUUCCAAUGCAAAUUUUAUUUAUUCUGUUUUUACACAUAACUGAACAGCUACCUAAAUAAAAUAUAUUUGUAAGUAUCAUAAAAACUUAACUUUGUUGUAAAAUACACACCAUAUUAACCAUAUCACAAUGAAAUUUGCUUCAGAAAAUGAUAAAGUAAUAAUACAAAAUUAAAAUUGCUAGCGACUACUAGCUUCAAGAAGUGAAAUAUCAGCACUGCUAACUAAUACACAAUACUAACAUAACUUUUGGAACUUCACUACGUUUGGAUCAUGUAUUUUUAUAUGUGUCUAACAGCAUUGCUGAUAUUUCAGGUCCUGAAGGUAAGUACUAGCUAGCAAUUCUGCCUGAUAAUUUUUUGUACAAUAAUAAUCAGAUUUCAGGCCUUAAGUUUUCAAGUGCUGCAAAUGUUACAUGUUGUUGUUGUCUUCAGUCCUGAGACUGGUUUGAUGCAGCUCUCCAUGCUACUCUAUCCUGUGCAAGCUGCUUCAUCUCCCAGUACCUACUGCAACCUACAUCCUUCUGAAUCUGCUUAGUGUACUCAUCUCUCGGUCUCCCUCUACGAUUUUUACCCUCCAUGCUGCCCUCCAAUGCUAAAUUUGUGAUCCCCUGAUGCCUCAAAACAUGUCCUACCAACCGAUCCCUUCUUCUAGUCAAGUUAAAUGUUACAUUAAAAUUUUAAAUACCUUUCAGGUAGACAAAUUUGAGCACUAUGAUUAUCGUAUGUGUUAUGUUCAACUUCAUCAGUAUUUUCAAAAGAUAUUCCAGUUCUGAAAUGAUUAAGGAAUUAUUGUUAUCAAACAAAUUAUUCUCAUUUCAGCAAUUGGUACAAAAGUUUUUGUAACAAGACCAGUAUUACUGUGUCAAAAACAGUUUUUUAUUUAGUAAUGAAAAGUUGCAAAGUCUAUUAAAAUUUGUUGAACUUUGUAGAGUCCAGGUUGAAGUAAAAGCAUGCUACUCAGUUUUUUUGCCUUGUACUUUAAUAUCAAGAGAAAAAUAAAAUUCAGCAUGGAUCAA